AUGGCGUCCUUCCCCCACAUCGACUCUCAAGACGUCCUUCCCUACGCAUAUGGCACUGCUCCUCAUGCACCACAUCUACAACCAGACUGGGUCGACUCACAGGUUCCGGUGGCAACACGCGUUGCAGCGCAAGGCCAAGGGAGCUCAGUGCCGUCAGGCUCUGGGGAGGUCAGCACACAGCCGCUGUAUCUGCCGCACGAGUUCGAUUCUUCCAUCCCAUCACAUUCUUCUCACCAGGAUCAAUCCACAAGCGGCUCAUCCCGGUGGACCGGGAAUCACAGUUUCUCUGGAAGCGGCACAGGCACAGGGAGCAGCCUGAGCGUCCCUCGUCCCCGUCGAGGAGCGCAUAUCGAUUAUACAUCAUCCGAAUCUGGUGCCAGCUUCAGUUUGGGCGCUACCUCCAAUACAGCUGCAGUAGGAGGAUGGACCAUGGAGACGAAUAUCAGUACGCACACAGCAGGGAGCGAGCCGCAUGAUCCACGGCUUUUAAACCGUGCUGGGGGCAGUGCGGACAAUGAGGCGGCACAGUCAGAGGGCUCGCUUGCUGGCGCACCGAUAGAGGGGGACAACAAAAGCAGCGAGAUCAAUAUCAAUCAACCACCAAGCGUGAUAGGGGCUCUUGAUCCUCAUCACGGUCUUAUUGGGAUGGAGCGUGACACAUAUUCGCACGCGACUCGUGGCUCAAUGUUGAGCGGGGGACUCCUCCCGCCUUUUGAACAUACACAAGAACUCGCCUACAUAGUCCCUCCUCCUUUUUCACUCUCUACCUCUAACGAACAAGAAGACAGCGCUUUUAACGACCACGACCGCGUCAAACUCCGCGAGCCGCCGCCAGCACCUCGUACAGCACCUAGUACGACAGUUAUCCCCUCCUCCGCUACGGGUAUCCUCACUCCCGUCAGCGAGCCGCACUCGAACGCCGGAAAGCGCGAAUUUGGAUCAUCCCUCCCUACAGUUGAAGAAAACGUACCGAUACCUGACAUAGAAGAUCCCGCCGCCGAACGCGACCUUCCUAUGCAGGCCCCUCGCACCCCUCCAAGCACGAACGAAGUGCCCGAGACUCCUUCUCCUCAUCAGCCUUUCACCCCCACCGAACCCAGCGCCGAACUUGGCGAUCCUCCACUGCUUGCCUUGCGAACGUCGUAUGAACGAGCUGCCAAAGCAAGAGAUUAUAAGUUCUUACCCAGGAAAGGGGAGAAAGCUCCCAGCCCCGUCCCGCCGAGUAGAGAGAGCAGCUUCGGAGCGUUGAGUCCCAGGACGAGAUACUUGGAUGAGGCGGGUAAGAGGGAACGGGAACAGGAGCAAGAGGAGAAUGUCACCAAGAAGGGAAAGGGGCGAGGAAAGAAGAGAGGAAUGACCAAGUCCAAUGAGGAAUCCUUGGACGCAGGAGAACGAGCAGCACGGAAAGAGGCGAGCAAAUCGAAGAAACCUCCUUCGGCUUCUGCUUCGAAAGGGACAAAACCUUCUCCUCCAAUCUUUUCUGUUCCCGCCGUCGCCGAUCAGCAUGAGUCCGAGCAUGUUGAUAAUCAUGAUGCAAACAUUUCCGUAGGUGACGCUGCCUCCCACCACCCCUCAACGACCAUGUCUUCCAUUGUCCGGCGCUCGUUUCCUCUCCCUCUCCUUCCCCCUCCUUCUGACAUUGCCCACCUACCGGAGAGGAUGGACGCUGAUGUCCUGCGUACUGCGACGACCGACACUGGUCUUGGUAUGUUGGGAUUGACGGUGGGGAGUGGGCAGAGAGUGCUGGUGGAAACCAGCAGCUCAGCGCCCCUUGUCGAAGAGCCUGAACAGGAACCGGAUCGAGAAGAGAGCCAUGAACCCGAAGAUGCUCCUCAAGACGUUGUAGGCGAAAGCAGCAGGGCUCAACCAGGGGACUCGUUAAGAAAGGUUUCGGCUUCUACGGACAGGGCGACGAGAGAUACUCGCUGGUCGAAGAGCAGCAGGGACACUCGAGGGCCAAGUCAAAGCCAACGGCAAAAGCCCAGAGUGGUCUCACACCCUGAAAUAGAUUCCCUUGAUCAUGCACCAGGAGAGGAACAGAAAGAAGAGGGAGAAGAAAUGCAUAUUCAAGGCACCCAGGAGCUAGCUUCUCCGAGUGAGGUUCCCGCAGUCACCGCACCCCGGAGGGGAGCAAAGCGCCUGCACACGCCUAUUGCAGGAAGCGAUGAGGCGCCGGCAAAGCGCUACAAAAAUGCGAGGGGAAUGGCGACGGAACCGAGAACCCCAAAUAAGGCUAACCAGGCGAAGAAGGUAUAUUCUUCUCGGCGGAAUCGUCACGGAGUUGACCCAGAGGAAGAAGAAACCGAGCCAGCACCCCAGACUGAAGGAAAGGAGAAAGCAACCUCGCGUGAUGACAGGGAGAGCAUUGUAUCUGGGCCGCCAAAACUGAUGGAGAAGUCUGCCAGCAAGGGGAUUAAGCGAAGGGCAGAAAAGGAACCUUCUGAUGCAGAAUCUGCCGACCCUAAGCGGCGUAGGCGAGCAGUAGCACGAGACGCCAGAUCCUCCGAACCAGAAAGCGUGACCUCUCGUUAUCCUAGGAGGGGCCAAGUCCAUGAGGAAGACGGCAUAGGUGCGCCUGGGUCGGCACCUGGGUCAGCAACCACACGCCGGGUCAGGACAACAGCUGCUGCCAGGAAGCCGGUCAAAGGCUCCGCCAAGAAAGCGCAUGUUCAAGCAGUUAUCCAUGAAGACGAAGAGCCUGAAGAGCCCCACCCUCACGGCACAGAUCAACUGGAGAUCGCUGCUGAGGAACCCACUCCCUCUCCUGUGAUCGGAGCUGGUGCGCCUUUCUCACGAGUGUUUGCUGGCUGGUCCGACAAAUGCUAUUAUCCUGCCACUGUCACAAACCGUGUGAGUAGCGGUCGCAAAGCUGGACAGUUUCAUCUCGAUUUCGACGACGGUGCCAUAUUAGAAACCGUAGCCGUGAGUUCCCUCCGUGCUGCCGUGUUGAAGGAAGGAGAUACGAUCGCCAUCCUGAAGGACCGUAAAUGGCGUGAAGGAACGGUGAUGGAAGGUGCAUUUGGAACCGUGCAAAAAGAUGCGCUCGUCAGGAUCAGACUAGACCAAGGUUCCCAAAGUAUCGAGCAAGUGGCGAUCAAGUCGCUUCGGAUACCUCGGAAUGCUGUUGCCGAUUGGGACGACCGCAAAUUGACAAGCGAUCAAGUCGUUGUACAUGCGAUCGUUAAGCGAGAACCCGAGGACAGAAGAAGGAGAGCUAGUACCGCUGGUCCUGGUGGAUCAACCUCGGAGAGCCCUGUAGCGUCUCAGCGGCGUCGCGGUCGUCCAAUGUCGGCGGUAUUUGAAGGACACGCUUUCAUCGUCACAGCCAAAGAAGACAAGACGAAAGCAGAACUUGUACGGCAAAUCGAACAAGCUUCCGGGCAAGUAGCCGAGGAUUUUGGAGAUUAUUUUGACGUCACCGAGCAGCAUAUCACUUGGAAAGGUGCUGAACGAGGACUGAUAGCCGUAUGGUGCAUCGCGCGUGAAGUGUCGACCACCCCCAAGUAUCUCAUGGCACUUGCUCUCGGUGUUCCUUGUCUCGGGUCUAGGUUUAUCUCUGAUGUGAUAGAGAAAAGGACCACAAUCGACAAAUGGGGUCCUUAUCUGCUCUCAGCUGGAAAGUCGGACUAUCAAGGGACGGAGUGCUCGCAGAAAGUCGACUGGCGCUGGGUUGAAGACGAUGAUGCUGGCCGGUCUUUCAUGAAUGAUAUCAUAUCCAGUCCACAUAUCUGUCGGCCCUUGCAAGGGAAACGACUGUUCUUCCUUGUUUCGAAGAAGGACAACUUCCUCAAGGGUCGCCUGGUCGAUGCACUGUGGGCGAUGGGUGCGGAGCAUGUGGAAAAAACGUCUGCGUUGAGCCUCGAUGUGGACUGGAACUCGUAUGACUAUCUCUACUGGCCAGAUGAAGAAACAAGUUUUACCUUACCACGUAACAAGAGGGCGAAGAGGGUAGGGCCGAAUUGGAUCAAACAAUGUCUUAUCACGGGACUCUGCGUUCCCAUUGAGUGA